AUGGUUGAAGAUCAGCGUCUCUGUAAUGAGUCAGCACAGCUGCAUGGACAGACUGUGACGUCUUCUGUGUUUCAUGCUUUUGUCGUUUCUUUGUCACUUCUGAUAAUAUGUGGAAAUCUUCUUGUCAUCAUCUCUGUCGUUUACUUCAAGCAGCUCCACACUCCAACAAACUACCUCAUCCUCUCUCUGGCUGUGACUGACCUGCUGGUUGGAGCUUUAGUUUUACCUUUCAGCACCAUAUUGUCUCUGAGCUCAUGCUCCAGUUCAAGUUAUUUACUCUGUAAAAUGCGAGGCCUGUUUGAUAUUUUACUCUGCACGUCGUCUGUUUUAAAUUUGUGCUGUAUAUCCAUUGACAGAUAUUUUGCAGUGUGUCAUCCUCUGACAUAUAGAAGCAAAAUGAAUGUUUGUGUAAUUCUGACCAUGAUCCUGGUGAGCUGGACUCUUUCAGCUCUAUUCGCUGUUGUCAUCAUAGCACGUGGGAUAAAUCAAGGAAAUCUCAGCAGGAGGUGUAAUUUAUUUACACCUACAAAACAAUUCAGUCCUGAAACCAUUUUUCAGUUUUACAUUCCAGCUAUUAUAAUUUUAUCAAUCUAUCUUAAGAUUUUCAUGGUGGCGAAGAAACAGGCAAGACAAAUCCAGAACACUAUGAAGUCUGAAGCAGCUCUCAGUAAGAUGGAGAAAAAGGCCAACAAAACUCUGGCUACAGUGAUGGGAGUCUUCCUCAUAUGUUGGACUCCUUUCUUUCUAUCCAUAGGUUUUUACAGUUUGGGAAUAGUCACAAUACCAGUUGCAGCCAUUGAAGGAUUUUUAUGGUUAGGAUGGUCCAAUUCUAUGUUAAAUCCUCUGGUUUAUGCUUUUUUCUACAGGUGGUUCAGACGAGCUUUUACUAUGAUCAUUUCUGGUCAAGUAUUUCAGGGAGAUUUUUCUAAUACAAAAUUAUUGUGA